CAGCUCGGUCGCUUUAUUUACCUACUCAUGACAAGAAAUAUAGUAAAUAAUAAUCAUGACAAGAAAUAUAGUAAAUAGUCGUCAACAUACAAAAUACGUGCCUAAUAGAAUUUUGAUAAAAUGAGAGAGCAUGAAUCAGUUUUAAUGGACAAAGGACUAUGUUGUCUUAUCAUUCCUAUGUAUCUGAGUAUAUAAGGCUCGGAAGACAUUUUCUAAGGGAUUCUCGAUUUAAAAAUGGGGCUGCAUAACGUGCUCGUUCUAGCAGCACUUGGAAUUCUUUGGCAGAACGGAUUAUCGCAAGCUGCAGUAUGCAACGCACGGACCACAGUGAUACAAGUAAGACUACCUCAACGAACCAACGUCACGAUCAAAUAUCCUUCACAAGUGAGCCCUGUGAAUUUUGUGCCUUACCCCUACACCCAGCCAGGCAAGAACCCUCAAUGUUACAAGUGCCAAGGAUCAAAAUGUCAAACAUGCAACAACUUCAGCCCCACCGCUCCUUCUCCAAGCUCGUCACCUCGCACAAGGACUAAUAUUAUAAUAGACAUUGCAAAGUCCAAUAAGCCAAGUAAACCGGAUAAACCUAGAAAACCACACAAAGAAGAUGGCACAUUAAUAGUUGUACAAGACAAAUCUACAUCAACCAGUACCAGCACAGCUAUAGCUAAAGGAAAUGGAAAUACCGCAUCUGCAGCAACGACAUCUACUUCAACGUCUAAUUCAGCUAUGAUUGCAGCUUUAGACGAUAAUGGAUCAAGUGGUACUAAGCCAGACAAGCAAAAUAUCUAUGUAGAAGACGAUACUGCAUCAUAUUCUACGGCAGCUGCGGGAACAACUACGAAUUACAAUCCUGCCCCAACAGUUUAUCUACCUGCACCACCUCCAAAAUUGGAGUUGUUAAAACCUAAAGUUGAGUUCUUACCACCUCCACCGCCCCCUAAAGUUGAGGUAUUAGCACCUCCACCAAAAGUAGAUUACGUAGAACUUCCGCCUCAUCCAAAAGUAGAGUUUAUAGCACCUCCACCUCCUCCGAAAGUGGAGGUCGUAGCACCUCCACCUCCCCCAAAAGUAGAGUACGUAGAACUUCCACCUCAUCCGAAAUUAGAGGUCGUAGUACCUCCACCUCAUCCGAAAGUAGUGUACGUAGCACCUCCACCUCAUCCGAAAGUAGAGUUCAUAGCACCUCCACCACCUCCAAAAGUUGAAGUACUACCAGCUCCACCUCCUCCGAAAGUUAUAGAAUUACCACCUCCACCUCCUCCGAAAGUUAUAGAAUUACCACCUCCACCUCCUCCGAAAGUUAUAGAAUUACCACCUCCACCUCAUCCGAAAGUUAUAGAAUUACCUCCACCGCCCCCAAAAGUUGAGCUAGUACCAGCUCCACCGCCGCCGCCAGUGCCAGUACCACCACCACGUCAGGUACAUCCAGCGCCUGAGCACCCAAGUGAACUGCAUCCGCAUCACAGUCACGUGCAACCACCUCUUCCAGAGGUUCCAGCCCAACCACCAGCGAUCAUCGAAGAACCAAAACCAAAAGAAAAAGGUGAGCCAACAGAAGCACUUAAACAAGCACUUAACAAACAAGCACCUGCACUCCCGCCGCCCCAACUACCGCCAAUCGAAAAACCGCCGCAACAACCAACGCCAGACCAAAUCGAACACAACCUAAAUCAUCCUACCGAAGCUACAGCAACCGCGACGGCCACGGCGACGGCAAUAGCAAAUGCAGAUGGCGGUUAAACAAAAUGUGUAAUCAAUAAAAUAUAAAAUCAAGGUUAAAAGUACUGCUCUUUCGUAGUUAAUUAUUAUUUAUUAAAUAACAUAUUAUUUAAAAAAAUGCUUUUAUUAUUAUUAACUAGUGGUAGUAACCCGGCAAGCGUUACCAUGUCUACGAUGGUUUUUUUAUGACCAGAAACCUUCAUGGACGUACGCACUCACUCAUAAAAGUUUUUUCAUAAUUCAUAAUUAUACUUUCGAAUAUUUCGAAAUUUCGGCUUAGAGAUACAUACUGGACCAUCAUACCAACAUACAUUUUUAAAUUUUAUACUGAUUUGUUUUUGCUUUUAACUAAACCCGUACAUAACAUUUCUUUGAGCACAGCAAUAACCUAUACGAGUAUAUAAUGGGAAUGUGAGUUAGUAAGUUAUUCUUUCCCGCCUUAAGUAGGAACCUAGACGAUCAUAAAUAAUUAACACUAUCACAAAAAGUCAUAUGAUACUUUUCAUCCAUAAUAAAUUACUGUUUACAAAGCAUUAUUUAUAAUCUAUACUAAUAUUAUAAAGAGGAAAUAUUUGAUUGUUUGUUUAAAUUGAAUAGGCUAUGAAAACCUCCACCAAAAUCAAAAAAAAUCUGAACCGAUUCGAAAAAUUCAUUCAUUGUUGGGAAGCUAGAUUAUCCCCGAGUGCUAUAGGCUAUAUUUUAUCCCCGUAUUCUUAUACGGGAACGGGAACCACGCGGGUGAAAGCGCGCGGUCUAUAGUCAUUUAUAAUUAAAAUGUGCGAAAAGGUAUGUAUGUACUCGUCUUUAAAGAAUCAUUUACAUGUUAAAAAAAUAUAUGAAUGAUUCGUUUAGACUUUAGAAACUGUGAAUGUUUCGCAAUCUUACUACUACUUUUCUAUGCCUACACAUUGAACAAUUUCUUCUAAUCAAACCUUCGUUAAUAAGUUCAAAAAAGCUAUUAAGUUGUACGUAAUCAGUAAUCUCUAUGUGUCAGGUGUGUUGAAUGUUUUAGAAAUAUUUUCAAAAAGUUCAAUAUUCAAUAACACAGUGUAUUUAUUCCUUAAAUCAAAGAAUUUCAUUCCGAGCUGGGGUAUUAUUUUUCAAUAGGUCUGGUUCAAAGUACUCGUAGGCUAAAUAAAAUUAGAAAAGGUGAAAUAGGUUUUAUAUUUAUAAUAAGGAUAAUAAUUAAUAAGGUUAAUAAGUAAGGAAGGUUUUUAAUAAACAUAAUAAGGUUGGAAGUUUUCAUGUUUACAAAUUGUUGUCAUAUUCAUGGUAGGUCCAUUGACUACCUUGAAAUUUAGAAUGUGAUGUGGUUAAAUAGGGGG